AUGGCACCAUUUGAGGCUCUUUAUGGGAGAAGAUGCAGGUCACCUAUUGGGUGGUUUGAGGUUGGUAAGAUUAGGCUUUUGGGGCCAAAUUUGGUACAAGACGUAGUUGAGAAGGUUCACAUAAUAAGAGAAUGUCUAUUAGUAGCUCAGAGUAGGCAAAAGGCUUAUGUUGAUAACAGAAGACGUAACUUAGAGUUUUUAGUGGGUGAUCAGGUAUUUCUUCGAGUGUCGCCUAUGAAAGGAGUGAUGAAGUUUGGGAAAAGAGGCAAGCUUAAUCCUCGUUAUAUUGGUCCAUUUGAGAUUUUGGACAGAAUAGGUGCAGUUGCUUAUCGCUUGGCAUUACCGCCUGAGUUGUCUAUGAUUCAUCCAGUCUUUCACGUAUCAAUGUUGCGCAAAUACCUUCCCGACCCAUCUCAUGUGCUUGCACCACAAGCCAUAGAGCUAAAGGAGGAUUUAUCAUUUGAAGAGGAACCAGUGGCUAUAGUUGAUCACCAAGUAAAGAAACUAUGUUCUAAAGAGAUAGCAUCUGUGAAAGUUGUUUGGAAGAAUCAUUCGGUAGAAGAAGCAACUUGGAAAGUGGAGGACGCUAUGCGUGACAAAUGUCCAUAUUUGUUUGAGUCUGAAGUUGUAAGUAAAUGGAUGACCCCCUUAUACUACUGUUUAUUUGGAUGGGAGCGUAUGCCGUGGAUAACACCUAUUCUUCACGAUCAGCUUCCAGCUGUUGGAAUAUUAGUUGGUCAACAGAAAUAG